AUGGUUACCACCCUUUCUUUAGAGGCAUCGUCCUCAGAUUCUCCUACUAGACGAGCAUUGUCCAGCCUGUCCCUGGCUGUGGCAAAAAGCAAACGAAUUGUUGUCGUCACAGGGGCGGGAAUCUCAUGUUCAUGCGGUAUCCCAGACUUCCGGUCGUCUGAUGGGCUGUAUGCUCUCGUGAAAAAACAGUACCCCGAUGUUGUUCUCAGAGGACGUGAUCUUUUCGACGCGUCACUCUUCCGGGACCCUACAUCCACAUCCGUGUUCUACACUUUUGUUUCACAGCUUAAGCAAUCGGUCGAUGGAGCAAAGCCAUCACCAACCCAUCAUUUCCUGAAAACCCUCGACGCGAAGAAAAAGCUACUGCGCUCAUACACGCAGAACAUCGAUGGACUUGAGGAGCGUGCUGGACUCCUGGGGAGUUCGAGUCAGGGGGCGAAGUCUAACGUGAAGGGAAAGUCCAAGAUCCAGGUGAAGGAGGUCCGCAACGUUCAGCUCCACGGGGACAUACACCGCGUGCGGUGUACGUUCUGCUCUGCCGACCUACACUGCACCGAGGAGUAUCUGAACCUCUUCGACCAAGGCCUUGCGCCAGACUGCCCCGAAUGCGUGGCACGUUGUGAGUUUCAUGCGAGGCCUCAUGCCCUUCAAGCGCGUCUCGCGCGCUCGGCGCGCCCGUUAAAGGUCGGAACCCUCCGCCCAGCCAUCGUGUUGUACGACGAGGCACACCCGCUCGGCGAUGACAUAGGCGCCAUUCAAUCUUCCGACAUCGCACGCAAGCCGGACUUGCUGAUCAUCAUGGGAACGUCACUCAAGGUGCACGGCCUCAAAAAGCUUGUAAAGGACUUUGCGAGGGCCGUGCAUGCCAACGCUCCCGCUGUCGAAGGCAGUUCCUCAAAAAUGCUCGCGAAAGGUCUUGCAGGCAAGGUCAUCUUCGUGAACAAGACUGCGCCGGGGAGCGAAUGGAACGGCAUCAUUGACUAUCACAUAGAAGGCGAGACGGAUGAGUGGGUAGAGAGGUUACUGGACGAGUGGAGGCGGAUGAGGCCCUCGGAUUGGGAGGUGCAGAAGAAACUGGUGGCAAUCGCAAAGGACGACGGUGGCGCGAUGAAGGUCGUUAAGGAGGUGAUCCCAAAGCCAAAAAUCUAUGGUAUGGAGAAUAUUCGGCCUGAGGAAGACGUUUUUGUCGUGCCAUCUGGUCCCAAGAAUCCUCCGUCCUCUCCGAAGCGCCGCAAGUCGAUGUCGCAUUAUUCAGACAUCGAGUGCAGUCCAUCGAAGAAGCACUUCGUGAGCCGCCCUAGGCCCCACACCUCAAUGGAGGAGCGCGGCCUGUUGUUCGGAGACACGACGAACAGUAAGGUCAAGGCCACGGAUAAAGAAGACGGGGUGGAAGAGUGGGAGGUAGAUCUUGCUCAGGGCAAGGCUUCGAGCGCGCUGCGGAGGAAGCCGAGCAGAGGGAAGGCGAAGAUGGAGGUCAUCAUCGGUGCGCGUUCGAAGUCACGAGCAAGGAAGGCAUUGCUCCCCGCGCCCGCAGUCGAGGCGGACGUGUUUGCAUGA